AUGGAGUUGUCUGGGAAACGUACACACUCCAGUCUAGGAGACACGCCGGCCAACAAUGGCUUCUCGAAGCGUCGAAUGAUGGGGUUCAUGGAGUCUACAGCUGGCUCUCCAAUUCUAAGGAGAUUGUCGGUACCACGUUCUUCCUUUCUACUAACGAAGAAAUGCCAAGACAAUGGCAGUGACGACGAUAAUACUUCUUCAGACAAAUCUACCCCAGUCGCGGUCAACCAGUCCUGUAAGAAACCGGCUGUUCAUUUUAAGAUGUCACCUGCGGUGGAUGCAAAGCUGCUAAAAGCAGUCUCGCCAUAUUCUGAUAGCGAUGAUGUUUCCACUCUUCCUCCCUCCUCUUUGGCGGAUCAUAGCUAUGCGCUAGAAAAACGGGUGUCUCCAUCGAGGCACUCAUCGUUUUCCUCGACUAGCCGGAAGGCUUUUGUUCCACGGUCAGAUACGCUUGCUCAGGAGAGGUGUUUCGACUACCUUCUGCAAUCCAUAGACGAAGUCUGGGCCAGGUAUUGCAACACCACGUCUACUGCUGAAGCCCAGGUACACGACAACUUGUGCGACAUUAGUAAAAGUGUCAAUGCAUAUUCGAACUCGGUCGAGAAUGAAAAAUUCUAUUCCUCUUCUGUUCUCAAGGGCAUCUGUUCUAGGCGAUUGCCAGCUUUGGCCUCAGAUGAUAAGUUCUCAGAAGAUGAUAGCGAUGAUGCAAGUGGGUACAAGUCUGAAGCAACGAACUUGACGGAAUAUGAGACUGAUUGUGAUUUACGCAAAGUUUCUACUUUGCCAGAUUCCAUGAAGUUACAGUGUCUGAAAGAUAGGCUCAAUAAAGCCAAGAACGAUCUAGAAGAGGUUUAUGGCUCUACAGAUAUUGAUGAUUGCGCAAGAUUCUGGAGGCGUUGGGACAUGAUCAAAUACAGCGCGGUUGAAACGAUGGAGGAAGACGAUGAUGAUGAAAUCAUUGAAAAUGUCAUAGAGGAACUAGAAAGGGGUCGCCAAUUCACGAAUUGA